UGUGAGUUGCAGCCACUUAUAGAGUUUAGAGGAAACAAACCACUGUUUCUCUCUUUAUUUAAAUUGAAAAAAAAAAAUAAAAAAAAUGGCAUGCUUAAACAUGCAAAUGAAUGAGCAACAACAAGGUGGCUUCUUGGGGCCAAGAAUCUCAUUCUCAAAUGAUUUUGCUGACACCCAACAAACAACAACAACAACAACAACAACCAAUUUGAAGAACAACAACACUUAUAGAGAAGCUCCUGUUUCUUCUGAAUUUGAGUUUUCUGUUCCUUGUUUUGCUUCAAAUUCUGCUGAUGAACUCUUUUUUAAAAAAACCAAGAUUCUGCCAUUGAAAGAGAAGCCUCUCACAACACUAAGAGAUGAGCUUCUUGCUCCUAAUGAUGAUGAUGAUGACAUCUUCUUUCCAAAAACCUCAGGGUGGUGGAGAUUUGGAAAAAGUCAAACUCAAAGUCAAAGCCUAAAUCACAAUGGCUCUUUGGCAGCAAAGAAAGGUGACCAUAAGAAUAAUGGUGGUUUAGACACCAUUGAUGAAGCAAACCAAUAUCUCAGGAAAUGAUUGGUGAUGAGCAACACUACAAGUGAGAGGGUGGAUUAUUGGAUUUUCUUUUCCUUUUUUUUUUUUUAAAUUAUGAGGUUAUAUUGUGGAGUUUUUAGGGUUUUGAAUUCGGUCAUAGAUGUUCAGAUUUGUGUGUAUUAAUUAGUUCGGUCACAUGUUAUGAUUAUAGUUAAGUGAUUUUCAAUUAUUGACGGUUUUUUGUACAUAAUUUGGUUGGAAAGUUAUUUGUUUUUAUGUUAGAAAGAUGUAUUAACGGUUAUCUUAUUUUAUUGUUUUG